AGCAAUAGCGUUGAAUGAGCAAGCGGCAUGGCCGCUGUUGACGUGCACGGCUGCCUCAUAUGGUGGCUGGCACCCAAGACCAGCCGGAAGGUACGAAUGACGCAUUGCUGGCACGCAAUGCACUGCUCCUUCCAUCCCGCAGGCGCUGGUGACGAAUUAGCGGAUUUUGCGGCUUGCAAUUGACAGAUCUGCUGAUAGGAAGGUGCGAGUGACACGGGAGCGAUGGGCAGAUGGUGCAUUCUCCUCUCCUCUCCGCUGCAGGUAGAUAGAUAACGUCUGGUGACGAUGGAGGAGGCAGCUAGCAGUGCGGCCAGCAACGGAGCCUCUGACCCUGACAGCGCGGCCAACGCCGAUAGCGCAGCCACGGAGGCCGCCUUCCAGGUGAUCACAGCAUCCACAUCGCACGUGAAUGCCAUUAGUCGGUGAUUUGUGUGUCUUUGCUGUGUGUGUGGGUGCUGACUGACAGGCCAUUCGGAGUGCAAGUGAUGGCCAUGAUGAUGAGGCCGAGCCGUCAUCCGGUGGCGGCGACGAUGACACCACCAAAUAUUCUGACGUAGUCGAGGCCACCUUCCGGGUAUGUGAUGACGGGCACACAUCACACACAUUGUCAAUUGUGUGCUUCUGUCGUGUGGCUGUACGGCAUGACAGGCCCUUCGCUUGCACGGACUGACGACCGACCUCCCAGCGGUAGCGAAGCAACGACGAAGGAAGGGCCACACCACACACACGGUGACACAUCCCGCUUUGUGUGUCUGUGUGCAGCCUCGCGAACUUCACAUCCCAGUGUAUGCGUUGGCCAAUGCUGUGUGGGACCUCCCCCCUCCCCUCCCCUCACCACUCACCGGCGCCGUCCUCGCGCACCACCCUCACGUCAUCAUCGACUGCAUCAACCCCGAGCAGCGCAGGUUUUGGGAGCAGCUCACCCCACAGACGGCACGGGACCUCGGCAGACAGAUGAUCAACCUCCAAACCAUCACACACUGAAUCCCGCGGACAGCCGAUGGUGUGGAGGGUCUGGCGGCCGACCACUUCUUCGCUGGCUGGAGCUGGUGCCGGGGGUCACUUGUCGCACUGGAGGAG